GCGAGCUUCCCUAGUAAUUCUGUUCUGUGGUGCGAGCGAACGUUGUGAAAUUUAAAAAUAUUUUUUUUUAUCAAGAAAGAUUCUUUUUUUAUUCUACUUAACUUUAAUUUUGAAUGAUUGAAAAACUAUAAAUGGGAUAAUUAUACAAUUUUAACUAAUCUCUUAAAUAUGGAUUCUAAUGAUUCGAAAAUAGAAGAUGGCUCAGUUUGCCAUACCAUAUUAGAGAAAAUUAUUGCUAAUAACGAAAAUGUUAUUACUAAGGCACCAGAUAUUAAUGAUUUCACCAUUGUGAAACCUAUUAGCCGUGGAGCAUUUGGCAAGGUAUUUUUGGCUCACAAAAAGAAUAAUAAAGAGCUUAUGUAUGCUAUUAAAGUUAUGAAAAAAUCAGAUAUGAUAAACAAAAAUAUGGUUACGCAAGUAGUGACUGAAAGAAAUGCGUUAGCAUUGUCGAGAAGUCCAUUUUGUGUUCAUUUGUUCUACUCCCUUCAAUCUGCAUCAUCUGUUUACUUGGUAAGACUUAACAUUUUAUUUUUAAUAAUGGUAUCUAAAAUUUUUAUUUAGUAAUUUUUUACUGCACAGGUGAUGGAAUACAUGGUUGGAGGUGACUUAAAAUCUCUUCUUAAUGUUUAUGGAUUUUUAGAAGAGUCCAUGGCUAUUUUUUAUAUUGCUGAAGUAACAUUGGCAUUAGAUUAUUUGCACAAACACAAUAUAGUUCAUAGAGAUUUGAAGCCUGAUAAUAUCUUAAUAUCUAAAUCAGGUCAUGUUAAGCUCACUGAUUUCGGUCUGUCUAAAAUUGAGAUACAUAGAGAUCUAGAGGUAUCAGAUUUUGUGAACAGAACUCCAAGUCUCAAUAUGAGAACACCUGGUCAGCUCUUGUCAUUGACAUCCCAUUUGUCAUUUGGUUCUGGAGGGGGAGAGAGUACACAGACCUCGCUCAUGUCUACAGACACUUGUGAGAACCUCCUAGAUGAACUUAAAGAGAACAGCAAACUUCAAGGUGUGCUUGAUAGUAUUAGUGGUUUAGAAAAUUCACAUGUCAUGGACCAUUCUCAGCUCUCUGGCAUACAUCCUUUUAUGAGUGCUGAGAGUAUUAAUUUAGAUGAUGCAGCAUCACUAAAUUCUGGCUCCGAAUCUCAAAGCUCCUUUCACACAUGUGAAAGCUCCAAGAAUAGUUCAAAUUCUAGGAGUAACAAAUCAACUGACAUCAGUAGUAACAACGGUUCUGUGGGAGAAUCGACAGUGUUAACAGAUUCACAACACGAUCAGUCUACGUCACCCGUGUGUAGAGGCAAUUCUUUGAGAAGAAUACCUAGUUUUAGGGCUAAAAAGAGAAAGAGAAUUUUAGAUGGUGAUGGCGAUACGCCUACUGGUGUUACAAGUUUAGCUGACUCUAAAGAGAAUCAUAGUGGACUCACCCAAGAAAUCAUGGCACUGGAGUUGAGUCAGAACACUCCUAAAAGAAUUUCAUUACAUCCCACACCUGAGCGACGUAAAAACCCAAUUAAAGGAGUCUUGAAAAAAAGAUGGGCUUCACAAGAUGACAGUCACCAUUUCAAUGUGGGAGUUAUAUUUUCCACUCCUGUAUCUAACAGUAAAUCACCAGGUGCUAAAAAGAGGUUGAAAGAAACUCGUUUUAAUCUUCCUAAGGAUGAGAAACAACUUGAUAUAUUAAGUAGCAUAAAAGAACAAAAUGUAGUAUUUAGUAAACAUAUCUCUACUAGUUUAGAAAUAUUCCCUACAAGAAGAAUGAGUAAGGGUGAGAAGUCUCCAACAGACUUAUGUAAGACUCCAUUAGCAGCAGCCCAGACACCAUACAGGACACCAAAAAGUGUAAGACGUGGCAAUCAAAUAUCAGACCAAAGGAUUUUGGGCACUCCUGAUUAUCUGGCACCUGAAUUACUAUUAAAGAAAGGUCAUGGGCCAGCAGUUGAUUGGUGGGCACUAGGCGUUUGUCUUUACGAAUUCAUGACAGGUGUACCUCCUUUUAAUGAUGAAACUCCUCAAGCUGUGUUCCAAAAUAUACUAUCUAGAAAUAUCGAAUGGCCGGAGGGUGAAGAGGCAUUGUCUUUUGAGGCGGUCGGUGCGAUAGAGGCACUUCUAACCAUGGAGCCGUCGGAACGGCCGGCUGCCACGCAAGUCAAGACAAUGUUGUUGUUCAGGAACGUGGACUGGGAGAAUCAACUGAGCGCGGAACCGCCUUUCGUGCCUACACCCGAUGAUUUACAUGAUACUGGUUAUUUUCAAGCUCGCAACAUAUUACAGCAAUUGCAUGUCUCCAACUUCGAUAUGUAGAGGAUCUGUCAUAUAUAUAUAUUUAAUUUAUAUUAAGUGGAGCACAUAACACAAUAUAAAAAAAUUGUACAUUUCUAAAUAUGCUAUUAAAAUGAUACAUCUUUAAAGAAAUUAUGUAAAAUAAUAUUUAGUAUGAGUUUUUGCUAAUAUAUAACUUUUUACGCAAUACAAAUACGCUUGAAUUACCUAUUCGCUUAUACAAUUGUGUACUGAUUUUACUACGCAAAAGACUGAAAGUUGGGUCGAAUAUGUUAGAAUAAUUUUGUAUUUAUAGUUUUAAAGUACCUACCUUUAGCUAAUUAAUUUAUAAUAUGAGGAUAUAGAGAAAUUAAAAUAAAAAACAUAUUAUUUUGUAUUGAAUUGUUUUAUUACAAAAUAUGGCCAUUUUAAAGCGGACAGGCAUCAACUGAUUAAGAAAAGCAAGUUCGUGUUGUCUUUCUCAAACGAUUGAUUUGUAUGUAAACCGAUACGAUUUUCAAGGAAGCAUAUAGUUUAUGUGGAAAGAGUUUCUACUUGGAGUUCUUCUGGAUCCAAGGCAAGAAUGCGGUUAUUCGUGUGUAGACGCCCGGGUACUGUCCCUUGCCGCAACCAAUGCCCCAAGAGACUACACCCACUUGGGUCCAUCGACCUCCUUCAUUCACCAUUAGUGGACCGCCGCUGUCGC